GUGCCAGCCCGGUGCUAUGCGAUGCUCCCUGAAGCGCUCCCUCACAGCUGCGCUUGCAGCCUCCUUCCUCCUCCUCCUCCUCCUCCUCCAUGGGAGCAGCCGGCAGGAACAGGAUCCCCUGGAGGUGGAGCUUAGGGGCUUGACCCCAGAAACGAUCCUGCAGAUGCUGCAGCCGGGAGGAGCCCAGCGCAUCCUCAGGGACAUGGAUGACCUCUCUGCACUCCACAAUGUCUCCUACCACCUCCUCGCUGGCUCCCUGUCACCCCACAAAAAAUUCCUGGCGGUGGGAUUGGCAUCGGUGCAGCGGCCACGUGGCUACUACCUCCCAGACACGCUCCAGUCCCUCUUCAAGCAGUCGACGGAGGAGGAGCUGCAGGAGAUGGUGGUGGUGGUGCACCUGGCCGACGCGGACCCCACGUGGAACAUGCGCGUGGCCGCCGACAUUGUCCACAGGUUUGCUCACCACAUCCUCCUGGGCCGGCUUCUGCUUAUCCACGUUCCCCACGAGUUUUACCCCACCCUGGAGGGCCUCAAGAGAAACUACAACGACCCAGAGGAGCGGGUGAAGUUCAGGUCCAAGCAGAACGUGGACUAUGCCUUCCUCCUGGCCUUUGCCGCCAACCUCUCCUCCUACUACUUGAUGAUUGAGGACGACGUGUGGUCCGCCAAGUCCUUCUUGUCGGCCAUCCGCAAGGCACUGGCUUCCCAGGAAGGCUCCAACUGGGCCACCCUUGAGUUCUCCAAGCUGGGCUACAUCGGUAAGCUCUACCGCUCCAGUGACCUUCCUCGCCUGGCUCGCUUCCUCCUCCUCUUCUACCAGGAGAUGCCCUGCGACUGGCUGCUGGUCCACUUCCGCCUCCUUCUCACCCAGAAGGACGUCAUCCGCUUCAAGCCCUCCCUCUUCCAGCACAUGGGCCUCUACUCCUCCUUCCAGGGCACCAUCAACCGGCUGGAGGAUGACGAGUUCCAGGCCGAUGCCUUGGACCUUCCGGACAACCCGCCAGCGGCCUUGUUCACCAGCAUGUCUGUCUUCGAGAACUACGAGCCCCUCAAGGCUUACAGCACAGCAGAGGGGUAUUUUUGGGGGAAAGACCCAGCAGCCGGCAGCGUCUUCUCCGUUGUCUUCCACCAGCCGGCCCGCAUCACCCGUGUCCGGGUGCGCACAGGCUCCGAUGAGCGCCGGGGUGAUUUCCUGCACGCGGGGGUGCUGGAGCUGGGCCGGCGGCGGCAGGCCAAUGGCCGGGACUGCUCUGCCUACACCACCGUGGGCACCUUCGAGAAGGGGACCUUUGAGCAGCGGGGGCUGGAGAAGGACGUGCCCGGCCCCGUGGAGUGCAUGAGGAUCCGGGUAACCCAGGACCAGAGUGAGUGGCUCAUCAUCCAGAGCAUCGACAUCUGGACCAUGGCAGGCACCUGACCGGGGACGUGGCGGGUUGCCAAAGCCGCUGGAGUUUGUACUAAGAGGUCCUUCAUUUUUCUCACUCCCUUUUUUGAUAAGGAAUUAAAUAAUU